CGCCGGGACAGAGAAGUGGGCCGGGACCAGCCGGGCCAGACCAGACUGGACCCCAGGGGCGAUGCGGCUGCUGCCCCUGCUGCGGACUGUGCUCUGGGCCGCGCUGCUCGGCUCGCGCCUGCCGGGGUGCUCCAGCCUCCGCCACCCAAUCUACUGGAACUCCUCUAACCCCAGGUUGCUCCGAGGAGAUGCCGUGGUGGAGCUGGGCCUCAAUGAUUACCUAGACAUCUUCUGCCCACAUUAUGAAAGCCCAGGGCCCCCAGAGGGCCCGGAAACCUUUACGUUAUACAUGGUGGACCGGUCAGGCUACGAAGCCUGCAUGGCAGAGGGGGCAAAUGCCUUCCAGCGCUGGAAAUGCUCGAUGCCUUUUGUCCCUUUCGGCCCCGUUCGAUUCUCAGAAAAGAUUCAGCGCUACACACCCUUCUCGCUGGGCUUUGAGUUCUUGCCUGGAGAGACUUACUACUACAUCUCGGUGCCGACUCCAGAGAGUCCUGGCCGGUGCCUGAGACUGCAGGUGUCUGUCUGCUGCAAGGAGAGUGUCAGCUCAUCCUUGGGAGUCCUGGAGAAAGCGGUACGAUACGUCCGGGUGGCGGGGAGGACACGCGCCCAGCCCCCUGUCUCUCUUGCUGCUGCUGCUGCUGCUCCCCAUUCUCCGUCUCCUGAGAGUUCUGUGAGCCAAGUACACCGUCGUCGUCGUCGUAGUCGUCACCUCAAGGAACCACAGCCCUUCCCAAGAUCCUCUGUGGAAGGGGUUCCUGCCACCAUACAGGCGAUGCCAAACCAGGCAGACAGGAUGAAGCUUUGAUGUGCAAAGUCGGAGGAUCUGAGGUGACCCUUGUAGGUGACUGCCCCCUCACCACAGGCUGAAGAGGGACCUGUAAGGCAGCUGCCGACAGUCCGGAGGUGCCCACGUGCUUUGAUGGUCUUGUCUCCUCCCCUUGAAAGACUGGGAUUUCAGGGGAUCAAAUCCUUGAGACACUGAGGGCCCAAGCCAAAGACCUGGGAACAGGUGGGCUCCUGGCCAAGAAGCAAAGGAGAAGCCAUGGCAUCUGUGCCCUCCAGGCCUCUUCCCAGGAGCAAUUGUUGCCCCUUCCUGGGGGCCGCUCGCUUGUCUUCUGUGAAGACGGACUUGCCAUGAGGUUGAAUUUCAUGCUGGUUUGUAUUUUUUAUAAAGUGUUUGGACCAAACCUUCAAUAUAUCACCCGUUCUAGUGGGGCAUGGUGGCUCACACCUGUAACCCCAGCACUGGGGGGAUGGGGGUGGGGAGAGUGAGCAGGAGGCCAGAUGGGUUUGGAGACCCUGUCUCAAAAAAAACAAACAAACAAAGCAGACCACCACCUUGGAGAGCAGUGAGCAGGCACAGCAGGUGAGAGUGCUCACCACAGAGCCUUGACCACCUGAGCCAGGUCAAUCCCUGGAACCCACACGAUGAAGAGAGAGAACACACCCCCCAAAGUUGUCCUUCGAACAUGCUACACGGCGUGUCAAUGGAUAUGCCGCACAUGUGUACGCACGCGCGCGCGCGCACACACACACACAAAUAAUAAACUUAGGU